AUGGAGCUCGAUGGCUCGUUCAUCUUCGCCCUACAACCAAUUCUGGUCAUUUUCGGGUCUCUACUCAAUUCUCUUCAAUUGUAUCUCGCCAUUUUUGAAACACCGAAGCCUCUUAAGCGAUAUUCCAUUUUCAUCGUCGUUUUCGCUCUUGCAGAUAUCGGUUCAAGCGUUGGAGAGCUUGUCAGCCGUACCAGGUAAAGUUAAGCUCGGAAAAAUAAAACACAAAUGUAACAGAAUAAUCGCGUCGCCUGUGGCAAUCGGCAUGGUGAGCGUUGGAAUUUGCUCUUACAGUGGCCCAAAGACGUGUUACGCAUGGUAGGAAACUUUCGGGAAUAACUCUUCUAAGCUAAUUAUUCAGGCAGAGCAUCACAGCACACUUCAUGAUUUACUCAGUCUAUUUGAUGUUCGUGUCUUUCGGCUACCGCUACUACGUCAUAUAUCGUGGUCCAACUUCAGUCACGACUAUUUUUCUGAGUCUUGGAAUAUCCUAUAUUCCAUCGUUCAUUCAAGUGGUGAAUACUGAGAAAUAAAACCGGAAAAUCGGAUAAAAAAACCUCAGAUUGCCUACACUUUUGCGCAGGACGAUCCAGAACUUGUCCGUCAAGUAGUUCAGCAACGAUUUCCUCAUUAUGAUUUGUCCCACACAGUCGUCAGUGGAAAUCUCAACUAUUCUCAUCCAGCCGUACUAUACACAUGCGUUAAUAUGGUCCUCUCAACGCCGCUUUUAUACGCUGGGAUACUGUACUUCCGGAAGAAGGUUCUUUGGAAACUACAGAGUUUGUCAAGGAGUUUGUCGAACCACACGAAAAGUAUGCAUGAGCAGCUACUCAAGGUCACUGUUCACCUUUUCAGACUGAACUUGGUUAAUUCAGGCUCUGACGUUCCAAGCAAUGCUCCCGGCAUUAUUUGCCAUUGGAUCAGGCUCUUUCGCCAUCGCCGCCCUCGACAUUGCCCAUCAUCCAAUUUUAGAACACCUAGUUAUGACGUCCUGCUGCGCAUCACCAGCUCUAUCCCCUCUGGGCUCAAUACUAUUUAUCAAGCCCUAUAGAGAUUUCGUGAAGCGUCGGUUGUUACGUCGCCCCGUGAGCCAAGUUGAAGCAACUACGAACUUGAGGACCAUUGAGAUUUAUUGAAAAAUAAAUUAUAAAGCUGAACUCUUCCGCAUACUACAUGGCGCUGUUUGAAACGGCGUGUGUCCACUUAAAAAUGCCUUUUUUUAUUCUAAUAUUCAUGAAGCCGUAUAUUCCUUUUGAUAUCUGAACACAUCAAAUUAAGUUCCUGAAGAUUCAUUAACUAUCUCGAAACUAAGAAAAUGAAAUAAAAAUGGUGGGAAAUUAUUUUCGAUCACCACUUUUACGAAAAAAUAUCUUCUGCUUCAAGCUUUUGCACAAUUUCUCAGUCGUACUUUCGAAUAAAUUCUUUCUUAAAGGACAUUUUGAUGAUGUACGUCAGGAGACUUCAGUGAAGAAAAGAAAAAGCUGAAAAAUCGACUCUUUAAAAGAUUUAAUAGUUCCCCGGUGUCCAAUUUGGCGUUUGGGGCGUUUUGAUUGUUAGAUUUUUUUUUUUGAAAAAUAAAGAAUAACAGUUUAGUCCAUUCAUUCAGAGUCUCGUCGCGGAUGGAGCUCGACGGCUCGUUCUUAUUCGCUUUACAGCCAAUUCUAGUGAUUUUUGGGUUCUUUUUGAAUUCUUUUCAGUUGUACUUGGCUAUUUUCAAGACUCCAGAACCAUUGAGAAGAUAUUCGAUUCUGAUAAUAGCCUUCGCUCUUACUGACAUUGGUACCAGUAUUGGCGAGAUCGUCGGGCGUACCAGGUAAAACUCAGACUUUCAGACAAAACUUGGAUUUUUUAAAGCCGUAAAAAAUCUCGAAACUAGCGGUGGUAUAAAUUCAUUCCUUUUUAGUUCAAUUUUUUUAUUUCCUUCUACUCUUCUUCCCGAAAUCUCUUCAAACAUCGGAUUCAAUUUUUUCUCCUUUUUGACUGAAAUUAUUUUGCCGCGAACUAACGCGAUUUCUGCAAUUUCAUUUAUUUAUAACUUCCCACGCUUCAGAGGCCUUGCAAAAAGAGAGCAAAAUGAAAUAAAUUGCUGAAAAAAACACGAGAAAGCGCGAAAAAUUAUAGACAAUUGACAUUCUAAACGAGCUACGAAAUAAAGUUAGCGGUGCGACAAAAAAAAUCUAACGAAUAAAAACUGAAACUUCUUUAGAAUGGUCGCAUGGCCGCAGGCUCUUGGUAUGGUUAGUAUUGGUUUGUGCACUUACGGAGGUCCCAUUUCUUGCUACAUUUGGUACGAAAAAAAUUACAAAGGAAUCGUAAAAACAGAAAAACCUCAGGCAAAGCAUUACGGGGCAUUUUUUAAUUUACUCAGUCUAUCUGAUGUUCGUCUCUUUUGGCUAUCGUUAUUAUGUGAUUUAUCACGGCCCGACUUCCGUCAAGGCAAUACUUAUGAGUAUUGGGAUUUCCUAUAUUCCAUCUUUCACACAAGUGGUGACAACCUGGACUUUUACUCAAAACAUUCAAAAAUUCGUCACAGAUUGUUCACUGCCUCGCGAUGGACGAUCCAGAACUGGUCCGUCAAGCUGUUCAACGUCGAUUUCCUCAUUAUAACUUGACCAAUACUGUGGUCAGCGGCAAUCUUGAUUAUACCCGCCCGGUUCUGCUCUACCUAAGUGUCCAUAUGACAUGUUCGGCGCCUUUUCUGUACGCCGGUAUACUCUACUUCCGCAGAAAGGUUCUUCAGAAGUUGGACAACUUAUCUAACAGUUUGUCAAGUCACACGAGAAGUAUGCACGAGCAACUGUUGAAGGUAAACGGACUGGAACGCUCAAGUUUUAUUCAACGAAUCUAUUUUUGUUAUAUUAGACCUGCGGAACAUCAGGCGCAGAUUUGUUCUGAGCCAUUUGGGCUUAUUUGUAUUUCAAUUCAAAAAUUUUUUUAACUCAAUUUUCAUGAUGAAACGCAUUAAAAAAACCCAAUUAUGACUGGAAAAAUGAUUGUUUUUCAAGAAAAAUGAUUGUUUUUUGGCGUCUUUGAGGUAUCAUAACUAGACUUUGAGGCAAAAGGUGUGAAUGAAAUAUUGCUUUGACAGCAGUGUGCUCUAAAAUCUCACUAAAGUUGCAGAGGAUUCGGAAACUUAUCAUUUUUUCCCUGCUCUUUUAUUCAAAAAAAUCUAACCCAACUCGAAUUUCAGGCUCUGACUUUCCAAGCAAUGCUCCCAGCCCUAUUUGCCAUCGGAUCUGCCUCUUUUGCCAUAGCUGUUCUGGAUAUCGCUCACAAUUUAUUUUUGGAACAUCUAGUUCUGUCUACUUGUUGUGCAUCACCAGCUUUAUCACCUCUUGGGUCAAUACUCUUCAUAAAACCUUAUCGAGAUUUUGUCAGGCGUGAACUUCUGAAACGGCAUGUCAGCCAAGUUGACAGCAAAACGCACUCGAGAACUAUUGAGAUCUUUUGAAUAAAUCGUCCGGAUAAUAAAAAAAUAUGAAAGUGCCACAAAGAUCUUUUCAUUUAUGAAGAAUACUGUUUUUACUUCCUUUCAAACUUCACUAUUUCAAUCAACUUCUCCACGUGCUUUUCAAAUUUAUUUUCCUAAUUCCAUAAAAAAAAAGAGAACCUCUUCACUAGUAAAAAUAAUACCUUAAAAAAUCGAAAAAACUUGAAAGCAUUUCUUUACUUCCGGUGAGGUUACAGGUGCUCAUGGAGGGAGCUGGAAAACUCAAUUUCUAGGUAAUCAUUCUGCACCCACCAAUUAGACGGCGAACCUUUUUUUUUUUCACUUCUAAGCGUUUUUAUACAACUUUUUCUCGCGUAGUUGACCUUGUUGAUGGCUCUAAUAGCCUUUUUUUAUUAUUUUAAGAAAGAAUUUGGUUAUCUGAAUUAAUUUAGAAAAAAACCGACAUGGCUUCUACAGCUUCCUUGGCGUCUUAGAAUCAAAAAUUUUUCUGUAGCUCAAAAAUUUCAAUAAAAAAAAUGUAAACCUCUUCACUAAUGAGAAUUACUUUCUUGUUAAGAUUCUACAUUUUUCGUUUAUCACGAGGGAAUGAAAAUUUCUGGGAAGGCAUUGAAACUACAAAAAAAUUAAAAGCGUCAGAAGAAAAUUCAAAAAAAUGUGCUUAUCGAUGAAACAAAAAUUUAAGGGUUCAAAGAAAUAAGAUUGUAUCAUUAUUGAUCUCAUGAAUCCUGGUUCUCAUAAUACUCGCGGAGAUAACUUUCGAUUUGAAAAAAAAAGUUAACUGUCAGAAUAAAGUUGCGAAAUGGAGCUGGACGGGUCGAUCAGUUUCGCCCUACAGCCAAUUCUCGUCGUUUUUGGGUUUCUGCUCAACUGUCUUCAGUUGUACCUGGCAGCGUGCAAGACACCAGAGCCCUUGAAACGAUAUUCCAUUCUUAUUAUUGUUUUCGCAGUCACAGAUAUCGGUACGAGUAUCGGCGAGCUUGUUAGUCGCAUCAGGUGAGUAUCUCAGAAAAAAAAGAUUGAAGAUUUAGAAAAAUCCGAAACAUUUUCCUCGUUUUUGCCUAUCUCAACGAAUAGAGGAAUAUUUUUGGUCUGCUCGAGAAAGAAACAUUCUAGAACAUGAGUUUUAGUCUUCUUGAAUUUUGUUGAAAUCGAAUUUCGGUCCGCUUAGCUACUUUUGGACGUUGAUAUAAACCGUGAUUUUACAGAAUUAUUGCGUUUCCUCAAGCGAUCGUCUUUGUGAGCAAUGGUUUGUGUACCUACGGAGGCCCCAUUUCUUGCUAUUUAUGGUGAAGAAAUUUAGAAAAAAAUUCAUUCUACAGUAAGUUCAGGCAAAGCAUCACGGCCCAUUUCAUGAUUUACUCAGUUUACUUGAUGUUCCUGUCUUUCGGUUACCGCUACUACGUUAUUUAUCAUGGAUCAACUUCGGUGAUGGCCGUUUUUAUAAGUGUUGGGAUUUCCUACGUUCCCUCGUUCAUUCAAGUGGUACGAAUUGAAACUUUAACUCGAGUAAUCUAA